AUGCUCCAAACUCUAAUAACCACGGCGACUCCAGCUCCUGGACUGUUGUUAUACGGGCGCCAGGAAGCUACAAGGACACGGACUAAUCUGGGCCCGCUCACCACGGCGUGGACUCCCCCGUCUGAUUGCCAGAGGGUGUACGCAGCCUGCGACACAUGUUCCGUCAUCUUUGCCGCGCAGGCCUGUCGCCCCGAUGUCGCCGACUCCUUAGCUGACGAGCAGUCAUGCUGGCCACCGAGGACGAACAAUGGUGGUGGCCCCACGACGACGAGCGGCGCUUUGGGCGGCUGGGGCGUGUACUCGCCCGGCAUAGUCUGCCCGGCGGGAUUCACGUCUGUGGUCGCGUCUACGUAUGGUGUGCACGAGUCCAGGUUCCAGUUCCCCCUGAGCGCAGGAGAAACUGCAGUGGGUUGCUGUCCAACGAUCAGCAGCUUGAGAGACGCCGCGUUCUUGGCCACAGUGGACGGCUCUGGUCACCAGACCUGCAGGCUCGUCCUCUCGACCGGAGCCGUGGACCUUGUCAGGUGCACUUCUCCCGGGAGCACAACCGUCGAGGCGCGCAGCGUACCCUGGAGCUCGGGGAAUUCCACCAUGUCCCAGUAUGACAUCUACGCGCCGCUGAUCCAAAUUGUGUGGAAGAGCACAGACAUUCCGCCCGGUGCUCUGCCGCCGGCCAACAUUGUCGCCUCAGCCACGUCGUCAGUGACAACAACAACAACAACAAAUACAUCACCAUCACUCGAACCGCUGACUUGGACAGGUUGGCAGAAAAGCAUGGCGGUCCUGGGUGGCGCCAUAACUGCCGUGGUAUUCUGUUGCCUUGCCCUCCUCUUUGCCGUAUUCUGGAGUCUGUGGAAGGAGAUUAAAGCACGACAGCGGCGCCCUUUAGCACCAAGCCCCGCCCCUGGCGAGCUGGCAGAUGGAAACGAGGCAGCUACCGGAGAUGCAUUUUGGAUAGACGGGGACUUUUACGAUGCGCCGCCAGGACAGCAAGGGUAUCAUGGCAGGGAGAGCGACAAGACACUCGUGAGGAAGGAGAGCGCGGCGGCGGCGGCAGCGGAGAACAUCCAGUUGAGCGCCGAUCAUGGGCAGAAUAACCGAUGGGGGCCAUACCAGAUCACGCCUGGCGAUAACCUCUACAACUCACAAGUUGAAGCGAAUGUCAAGUUUGCAGGGAUGCCGCCGGCUCUGCUUGAGAGUUCGCGAAAGCCGGGCGAGCCUGGAACAGCGGGAUGGCAGUCUAGGUUGGGGGGCUGA